AUGGUCGUCACAGACAGCCUCCCGUGCCCAGCAGUACAGAUUAAGGAGGAGAUGGAAAGUGAUACAGAUACCACAGACACGGUGGACACACAGACCGACAACAGUUCCUGCCCGUCUUCCCCUACGCCUGCCGGGCCGGACAACUCUAAAUAUCCCAGUCUGCCCAUGGACACGGUUAUUUUAGUAGCCAAAUCAAAAGAUGGAACCAAGAACUCUCUGGUGUUUCGUAGUCUGUUGAGGACGCACCGGGCUCCCGGGAGAAUAGAGAAGAUCCGGAUAAUCAAAGCAAA